CAUGUAACACAACAGUUGACUUUUUGUUGUUGAAAUAACCAUGCAAGAAAUUGUAGUAGUUUUGUUAUUGUUUUUAACUGUUCAAUUUGCAGUUUCAUUUAAUCCAGCAUUAAGUGAUAUUUAUAGGAAUCCACCAACUCCGACAUCAAAAAUCAAUAAAGAAUUCAAUGAUGUGAUAUUUUGUCCAUCAAUUCCGGGGCCAACAUCAGAGAUAUUGCAGACAUUUUUGGCGUCGUUGAAGAAUAGUACGAAAAAAGAAGUGAAUUCAACGAACGUGGAAAGUUUUGGAUCAUGUUGUCGCUCUCAUUUUGAAUGUAAUGCACGGAAAAAUUUUGAUCGGCCAAACGAAUCGAAUACACCAUACUGUCAGUGUGAAAAAAGUUUUAGUGAAUGUUUGGAUCAAUCAAAGAAUAUAUUAUCGAGUGUAUUUGAAUAUGCCUACAUAUUGGGCACAACAAAAUGCAUCGCUGAAGAUUAUCCAAUUGUUGAUUGUGCGAAAUUUCAAUACUUUUUUGAACCGUACGCACAGUUUAGUCGACCACCGAAUGAAAAUGAACGCAAAAGAGAACACAUUCGAUGUCUGGAAUAUAAUGUCGAUAAAACCAAACCGAAGGAGUUUCAGUCAUUUGACUUGCCAUUUAUUCAUCGAUCAGGGCAAUAUGAUGUCGUAAAAUAUUUGGAAAAUGUAGCCACCAACUCUUCUGCAGACACCACGACUUAUACAAAAUUCUCAGCUGCUGUCCAGAAAUAUCUCGGUCAAACGAAUUACAAAUUGUAAACUCAAAUAAGUUUU